CAGACAGUUCAGUUCACUAUCAGUACGAAGGAGACGCAUUGGUCAAGCAGAAGAGGUGUAUCUGGUCAGACAAGUUGGAGUAAGCAAGUAAACUACCUCCCGUUGAUUUACUUUGUUGAGUCAUUCCACAAUAUACAGGAUUCAGAUUAGAUGGAUUUUCGUAUUUUAACCCAUGUUUCUACAACCUACAGGUUCCUAGAUUUAUUGGAGUUGUCCUUCAGUUGUUUUACCUGGUGACUCCCAGCAGCCCGUCCAUGCUUUCCUGAUGCCAUGUGGAAAAUCAUCUCAUGCUGUGUAUGGUUUCUGCUGCAGCACAAGAUUCCCCAUGUGAUGUUGCAGUUUGAGUCAAAUGUCGUGAUUCAGUGGAUAAUGCAAUGUUCCUCUUUGGAACGGGAUCAUAUGACUAGUUUGACUUGGCUAUGACUUUGACCGCUUAUGUGGCCUAUAAAUUCCAUCCAGAUCAGACCCUGCAAUCCGCACUUGGCAGUUGGUAAGAAAAGGGGAGACGUCUGAAGCCUGAAGCUGAGCAAGAAUGGCUGGGCUGUACGAGAAGCCGUCGGAGACGUACGCCAAGAAGCGUCCGCGGUACCCCAAGGAGUGGUUCUCCAUGCUGGCCGGGCUCACCGCCGGCCACCAGCGCGCUUGGGACGCGGGCUGCGGCAGCGGCCAGGCCGCCAUCAGCAUGGCGGAGCACUAUGAGAGCGUGGUGGCGACGGACGUGAGCGAGGGCCAGCUCCGGAACGCCAUCGCGCACCCCCGGGUGCGGUACGCCCACACCCCGGAGCACCUCUCGGAGGAGGAGCUCGUGGCCCUGGUCGGCGGCGAGGGCUCCCUGGACCUGAUCGUGGUGGCCACCUCCAUCCACUGGUUCGACAUCCCGCUCUUCUACGCCGUGGUGAACCGCGCCCUGAAGAAGCCCGGCGGCGUGCUCGCCGUGUGGGGCUACAACUACGAGAUCCACCCGUUCGAGGACGCGCUGCACGGGCAGCUCUACGCGGCCCUGCGGCCGUACCAGGACCCCCGGACCAGGCUCGCCAUGGAGCGGUACCGGUCCCUGCCGUUCCCGUUCGAGCCCGUCGGGGUGGGCGCCGAGGGCGCGCCCGCCGACGUGGACAUGGAGGUGGAGAUGACGCUGGAGGACCUGGCCGGGUUCGUGAUGACCGGGUCGGUGGUGACCACGGCGAGGGAGAAGGGCGCCGGCGCGGAGAUGGAGGCGGUGGUGAGGGACGUGAUGAAGCGGGUGGAGGGGGAGUGGGGGGACGCGCCCACCGUGCCCAGGAAGCUCGCGUUCAAGGCGUUCAUGCUCGCCGGGAGGCCCAAGUGCUGAACUGCGGAUCGGUGGUCAGGAAUAAGCGUUGCUUGUCAGUCAGAGUGAGACUGAGAGUGAAAUGUCAGCUACUACAUCAUAUAACCAGCCACUCGAGUAUGUGGCCGGAGCUGCUUUUUUAUGUCUUCUUCUGUCGAAUAAGUCCGAGCAGAUGCUAGUAUGCUACGGCUAAUAACUUUGAGGAUUAUCAAUCCAUUUGUUCAAUUCGAACUGAAUCCA